AUGCCGUCUUUGAGGUCUCGCAACGACAGCUCCGGGCAGGUUCCCGAAGGUCCAGCUGCUAAGACCCGACAAAUACGACACUCAGAUGAGACAAAAGCUGCUGUACGGCAAAGUUAUCAAUCGAUUCGCAGCUCAACAUCUGCCACCGACCCCGAAGAACCCCUCGCAGUAUUCGCGCAACAUGAUUGCUCGAAGAUUGCAGACGGCUCAACACCUCCGGCGGCCAACAUCGCUCCCGCCGAGAUUCUACUCCAGAUUUAUUCCAUGCUAACCCCUCGGGACUUUGACAAUGCACGAAGAACAUGCUCACAAUGGAUGAGAGUCAGUCUCAACCGCAAACUGUUGGAAGGAAUGCUGAAACGUGCCGGAUGGUGGGAUGCGUAUCAGGAAGAUGCCGAGAAACAACGAGCUCGUCGCCGCCCGUCCAUCCAAGAGAGUGAUGUUUGGAGAAUGAGCAAGCGUUUUGCUACCGAAUGUCUACUAUCGGGACGAAAGGCGAAUGUCGAAAAGUCAGGAUUCAUGAAAUCAGAAAUUAUCGACUUUUCAGGACUAUCCAAGGGAAUGACCUCGAAAGCUAGAAGAUAUUCAUCUAAUGGAUCAUCCAAGACUGCUCGAAAUGGGAAUUCCCAUGCUUCUUCGACUUUCAGUGUGAGCAGUUGCAGUAAUUAUGUCCUGGCGACUACUGGCUGCGUGAUCUAUGUGUUUCGAUUACGGGGAAAGAGGACGCGCUCUGUUUUCUCAAUGGAUCUGGCAGACACAGACCUGGAACCAAUUUCGAGUAUUGAAUGUCCGUUCGAGGUUCUAUCUGCAACUUUUGAUACGACCACGCCUCGAUUUGUGGUCGCCGCAUUGUUGCAGAAUCGAGUCGGUAUGGUUUGCGACGUAGAAAUACCUGACUGCGCUUCGCCUGCUGCUGGUCCAGCAACGAAUACGCUAUCACCCAAAUCCGUGGGGGCCGAGCACUAUCAGCCUAGAAUGUCGAGAACGAGUCACUCUACUCCGCACUUCUAUUACAAUGUCUGCUCGGAAGAUCACCCUCCUCGAACCAUUGCUCUCUGCCCUGGCCGCCGAUGCGUGGCAUUCGGAUGUGCAGGAGGCAUUGAAAUUCACUGGGUCGACGAAACAACCCAUCAAGACCAACGAAGACACUUUCCCAUGUCCCAACCCUCAGAAACCCUCCAUUUCCUACCCAGCAGCCGGGAGAACCCCGCAGAACUACGCCUCAUCUCGUCUCUCGCCGGUCCAGGAGCCCACGAGUGCGCAUGCCGACAAUCUCCUUACCCAGACCAUCCCAAGAAAUGCCAAUUCCACCUUCUCACAGACGUACAUUCCCUCAAUCGUCGCAGCCCGCCCAAUACAUCCUCUCUUAGUCUUGUCCGAGCCACCCACUGUCAUCAUUACCGAGCCGUCCCUAUUAACGACGGCUUCCACAUUAUUUUCGUCGAGCCACGCACCGGCCUCCUCUGCAUUGGAUCCGACGCACCAAUCGGUGGCCCUACAAGUCUAACCCGAGCCUUCGUCUGUGUCCCGCCCUUCGGCAAAGAUCCAACAGAAAGCAUCAAAGAAGCCCGCGUCCCGACCGUUUUCACCGUCGGCUCUGAUCUAAGUUGGGGUCUCCGCGUCGUGGCCGCAUAUCAAGACCGCAUCGUACUAUAUUCCGUCCCACUGGACGUCUUCAACGUGAUUCGCAAAGAACGUGAACGCCAAGGCGAAGGUGUCAUGGGUGAUAGCGAUCUCGCACGGGACUGGUUCGUCGAUUCUGAGCGCUUCCGCAAACGUCGCGAGAGUCUGGUCCAGAAUCAAAAUGGGGAUUGGGAGUUCUUGUUAAGUGUCAGUUACCGACCUACUGCCAUGAUGUGGCCGUUUAAAAUCUAUGGCAAGGAGAUCGGUCGUGUGGACAAUUUGGUGGAACUUGCGCUUCAGUCUUCGAAUGGUGGUGCGCGCGUCUGGGCUUUCAGUGCAGCGGGGGAGGCGCACGUCUUUGAUAUCGAUACUAUCGUAUCGACUAAGCAACCUGUGGCUGAUGUGCCCUGCAAAAUGGUGACUGUAAGUUCAGACGGGAGCUUGGAGUCCUCUCGGCUCGUUGAUCGCGCCGCGCUGGGGACUACGCCGUUGCAGGGGUCUCGCAAGCGCAAGUUCACCGAGCUACGGGAUGAAUUUGUUGGUCGAUAUGGGACGACUCGAUUUGUGCCGAGUAUGACUUUGGAUGGCCUUGAGCCUACUAGUACCGUUGCAGCGGCACUAGCCCAGCAUGAAGAUUCCUCAAUCAGGCGACCCUCGUUCGCGGCGUGCAUUGUCGAUUUUAAGAUUCCCGAACUAGGGCCUCGAGAAGGUCUGUGGAGAGAUAGUGUGAUAGGGUCAUGA